AAAAGGUUAUUUCAGGAAGUAAGGAGAGUGAGACUCCUGCAUAAUUACACUCUCUACAUUGUUUUAUAACCCUAAUUGUUAGAGUAGACUCAGCAUUACAUUUCUCAAGCACCCUGCUAAUGAUUAUGAUGUCUCAACUGUUUUGAUUAAUAACUGAAUAAUAAAAUAAAAAAAAUUUGGAGCUAUAAAGCUGAAUAAAUGUAGUUUAUUUUCUAUCUUUUAAUGGCAUUUAGGAGGAAAAACUUUAGGUUCAGUAAAAUAAAAAAACUUGGUCUUCUGCAUUUAUUGUUAUCAGUUGUAGUUUAAUUGCAUCGUAGUACCAAAAGGUUUUUUAAAUGUAUUUCUGUUUCAAAAUACAGAAGAUUAAAGUAAAAAUUGACAAUGGACAUUUUUCAUUGUGGCACAUUAGCAAAAACACAUAAAAAACAUAACUUUAAAAAGUAUCUGUGAAAAAUAAACAGCUGAGGGAGACUGAAAUAUUUUCUUUGUCCACAUUAAAUUAAAAAUUAAAUUAUGUAAAUUUAUAGGGGAAAAAUAGGAUUUUGAAAUAAAGCCAAGACCAGAAUGAAUCAAAUUCAUUUCUACAAUAACUACAAAAAAAAAAAACAUGCCGUAAAUGAAAAAAUAAUAAAGUAUAAUUCUUUGUACACUACUUUUUGAUUAAUUAAACUCAUCGUCAACAAGCAGGAAAAAGCAAUAUGGGGCUCUAAUUUCAGCAUUUUUAUUGUGUUUUUAAAUCGUCUUCAUUGUAAUUUUUUUAAAGAUUUUAGUAAAUCCUUUAAUAUGAUCAUUUAAAGGAUUUAAAAUGUAAAAAAUCUCCUUAUGGUUCACAACAAACAUCCUGAACUGGCAUUUUCAAGGCUCCCAGCUGGUAAAAGUGGUCUUCACAUUCCUGUACAAUAAACUUACUGAACUACAAUUCCCAUGUGUCCUUGCGUGAUUAUCAACAUGGCGUCUGUCUGCCGGACAAAAGGCGAAUGUGGUUGACGGCGGAUUGAAGCCCAAUUAGAAGCAGGGGGGAGACAUUUUGGGAAAACUGUCAGUCCUUGCGCCUCAAGGCACCAGAUAUAUGAUCAAACCGCCGCCUGUGGAGGCUCUCGGACUGGAAUAAGAAUGUUCCAGCAGAAUGAGGAGCCUCGCUUCACCAUCGAGCAGAUCGACCUCCUCCAGAGGCUCCGGCGGACUGGGAUCACCCAGGCGGAGGUCCUCCACGCUCUGGACACGCUGGACCACAUAGACAGGCAGCAUGGACACAAACUGGCAUGCAAGCCUUCAUACGUACCACCCACGUCUUCCUUGUCUUCCUCUAACCCCGCCUUCGCCUCUUCCUCCAUGACUUCCACCUCAACUCAGACCAGUUUUCCUGAACACCGGCUCUCACUGUCACCCACUAACAACUUCGACACUGCGUCUCCGCCUCUGCCGGUUCCAGCCUCACCGGUCAUGGUGCCGACUGUUGUACAGAACGGCCUGGUACCCGUCACCAACGGGAAACUCUCACCGCCGCGGUUUUCUCUCGGUGUGGUGGGUGGGAAUGUACCUGGACCAGGUUACGCCUUCGAGGCCGCCGAGGAGUACAUCGACGUGGAUGAGAAGGUGGAGGACUUGAUGAGGAGGGACAGUGCAGUGAUCAAAGAGGAGAUCAAGUCUUUCCUGGCUAACAGACGCAUCUCCCAGGCAGUGGUCGCUCAGGUAACGGGAAUCAGCCAGAGUCGGAUCUCCCACUGGCUCCUGCAGCAGGGAUCGGACCUCAGUGAGCAAAAGAAACGAGCCUUCUUCCGCUGGUACCAGCUGGAGAAGACCAACCCUGGUGCCACCCUGGCCAUGCGAGCUGCCCCUCUGGCUCUGGACGACAUGGUGGAAUGGCACCAGACCCCGCUCCCGUUCAACUCGGCGCCCACAGGCUUCCGUCUGAGACGGGGAAGCCGCUUCACGUGGAGGAAAGAGUGUCUGGCUGUCAUGGAGAGCUACUUUAGUGAUAACCAGUAUCCAGACGAAGCCAAAAGAGAAGAGAUCGCCACCGCCUGCAACGCUGUGAUUCAAAAACCAGGGAAGAAGCUGUCUGAUUUGGAAAGAGUUACCUCUCUAAAAGUCUACAACUGGUUCGCCAACCGCCGCAAAGACAUCAAGAGGCGUGCCAACAUAGAAGCAGCCAUCCUCGAGAGCCAUGGUAUCGAGGUCCAGAGUCCAGGAGGUCAGUCGGUCAGCGAUGAGGUGGACGGGAAUGAAUUUCCUGACCAGGGCUGUGAAGCAUCCCUGUUAGACAAGAGAGCUUCAGCCCGGCAGUUAGCUUUCAGUCGAGCAGAUCUGUCUUCUCCAACCCAGGCUCCCACGCCAUUUCCCGGCUGGUUUUCCGCUCUGGCCAGAGGGGGCGUGUCAGGACAGAGGGGCAUCUCUCUGAUUGGCCGCUCUCUCCUCUCAGCGUCAGGUGCUCCAGCCGAAGCUUCCAGGCUAGCGGGUGCGUCCUGGUCUCCUCCCUCCCCUUCCCUGCAAGACGAGCCCAGCAUUCACAGAGCGCCGUCGGAACCUCAGGACGCAGCAGGUUUGGGGAAAAACGCGCCUGAUAGUAGAAGCCCGGCUUCCGCCGGUCAGCUGGAAGAAGCGGGGAGCAGCGUGGGGAACGAGAUCAAGAUGGAGUCUCUGGAGGACGACUGACGGAGCUGGAGCAGUCCGAACAGGUCUCACUAUAUGCAAGCAGAAUCUGUGGGAAUGUAUUAAGAAAAAAAAAAAAAGACCAAAAGUUGUGUAAAGUCCAAUCCUGAUAUACCUCCCAACCCUACCUCCAACCACCAACCUGCUCCACUACACUCGUAUAGCAACUAUAUCAUUAUAAAGAUUAUAACAAACUUUUAUUAGUGUUCUCCAGGCUUCUCUGAAAGUUUUACGAUGAUCCUGAAAACAGCAGACAGUAAUGGUCGUGACUUUUGCUCCACCUCAUUUCUGUGGUUUGUUUUUGAGGCUCUGCUGAAACUUUCAGAGAAAGCAGCCGGCGAGGACACGGCGCUGUGUGCAGAUUUCCUCUGGAAACAGAACAACACUGUAUUUAGCGCGGGAAUCAAACUGUUUCAGGGUCUUUCACUGUGAUCGCAACACAACUGAAAAGCCUCAAUGUGUAUACAGCUCAAAGCUCAUACUUAGCGGUUCUUUUCCACGUGCUUGUGCAUUUUUAUCAGAGAAACUACAACAUUUCUUACAGAUGGAAACAUAAUGCAUAAGAGAGCAAAAAUCAGAAAGAUGCAACUGAGAAAAAAAAGCUUCUGUGGAAACAGAAAAAAGGCCAUAACUUCAAUUUUAUAACUUGUGAUAAAUGUUGAUGUUAGAGUUUAACCAAACUUACAGCACACAUACAUUUAGUUCUCCUUAUAUGGUACAUUUCCCAUUUUAACCGAUGAUUAGAAGCAUCUUUUUGCCCUUAAAGACCCACUUCGAUCGUCUUUUGAGAUAAUUUAAUAUAAUCUUAAGUUUCCAGAAUCGAUUUGAUUCCAUUCACAAGAACCUGGAUGGAUUCAGUUCACGAUUUGUUUUUAUUCUGUCGAUCCACUCAAUUCAAUUCAAUUGUAUAUUUACAGGGUUUAGACAUUUUUGUUUAGAGAAACAUUAAUAAUCUAUAUAUGUGUUGGAGAUAAUUAUGUUAAUAUGAUACAGUUUACAUACUGUCAAAUGUAUUAGUUAUAUAAUGAAUCAAUGAGAUUGUUAACAUCAUGCAGUGUUACAUGGAUUCUCAAACAGAAAAGCUCCAACAAUUGUUCUGCCUCUCCUGGAGGGCGUUUCAGUUUGGCCACUAGGUGGAGCUCACGCUAAAGUAUUAAACUUUAUUCCAGAUGCUUGGAGCAAAAAAUUAUGCCUUAGACCACAAACAGUUACUUUAAAAAAUGUAUUCCCUUAAAAGGGUUUUGAAAAUUUAUGCCUGCGACUAUAUGAAGCUGAUUGACUGAGCGUUAGCUUUAGCUGCCCUAAGGAAAAUUUAAUUACACGUUAGCAUCAAGCUAGCAGACUUUAGCCGAGAUCGAUCUCUACUUUUAUGGAUCGAUUAUUGGUCUAUUAAGCUUGGAUCAGUUCUGAUCGAAUGAUCGAUUUAAUCAACCCAGCGCUAAUUUUAAUUAUGUUGUUUUUAGCUAAAACCAAAAACCUGUCAUUUUUUAGGACAUAGUUUCUGCAGAGCGGCAGGAGUUCAUUGGUAUUGCAUUUAGGUUGUGGGUGAGACUGUUGACACAGAGCAACCCCGCCCCCUCUUCCCCUUCUAGUUGCUAAGAUCUUGCAGAAGGGGGUUUGUGGCCCAUCUAGCGUAUUUUCUGUCAGAAAUACACUAUCAUGCUGUUCUUUAGCCUUUUAGAGUAAACUAUAUCCGUAUAUAUGAUUUAACCUUUGCACACUAAAGAAUAAGUUAUUUAUAACACAUGAGUAAUUUUCAGGAACUUUUUUCAGAAGUAAAACAACUCGAUCUCUGAGGCUACGUCUUUUGCUCCUUGUGGGCGCCACCCAAUCACCGCUACCUCCAGGGAGGCGGUGGUGGCAGCGCAGACUCUUCCUGGAAGGGGCUGUUCCCACUUUGUGAUGUCACAAUGUGAGGACCCACUCGUUUUUGUAGAUUGGGAGGUGCUGUCGCUCAGACUGCACAGUUUUAGAGGAAUGCUCAGAGAAUAAUACCGAUUGAUUUUUUUCAGAGGAAUUAAUAUUAAAAUACACUCAAAAGCUUAAAGUUGAUUUUGUAUGAAAUAAGCCACAAGAACAUGUUGAGAACACCAAAAACAGCGUUUUCAUCGGAGUGGGUCUUUAACAGCUGCAGUUUCAGUUGUGGCGCUCAGCCACGUUUUUGAUCCUCUUCUUCAUGCGAAUUCUUAAAAAGUAAGAAUUCCAACCCUGUAAACGCUGUUGGCGCUUUUCCUCAGUAUUUUAUUACUAUAAACUUUAGUGGUAUGUAAGCAACUUGUACUCAAGCGUCAGUGUUAGACUUUCAGGUUCUUCUAAGACUUUUAAUCUUCACAGCCUCGCUUUGGCUUCACAGCCCAAACUGUAUAUAAGCCCCGUGAUAUCUGCCUGAUCGGCUCCUAUUUAUUCAUUUAUACCCCCAAAAUGAUUGAUCACUGUGAGAUAAUCACCAAUGUAGAUCAGGAGAGAAAAGUGAAAGGAGACAUAUACAAUUGUACAUAGGUGCUGUUUGUAGCCUAAUCCAUUUCUAUUUACACUGCAUGUCAAUUUAAGCAUCAAAUGAGAGAAACUAUCAGUAUGAGGCUAACUUUUUUUUUUUUUUUGGUAUGCGGAAAGUGAAACAUUAGCCAAAGUAUUAAGCUUUUGUGUGUUUUCUGAGUGGAUGGAGUACUAGAGAUAUGCUGAUGAAAGGCACAUGAAAUGUGUUCAAUUAUUGCUAGAAAAAGAUCUUCCUUAUACGUGUAUCCGUGCUUGUUCUCGAUGUGUUGUAAACACACGCCGGCGCUUCAACCUCCUACUUAGAGUUUAUUUGAACGACACUUUAUUGAAGACUGUGCUGAUCAGAUGCACUGCUGGUCUCACAUUUCAGAGACGGCACAGCCACUGUGGAAGUCCAGCCUCUGCGAGGAACUUUUGCACUUUUUGAAGUUAAGUUGUAAUGUUUGUCCAGAAGAACCCCUAAAAACCUCAGUUUUCCUCGUCUUUUCUAAACUCAUUUUAUGUGCAAAAAUCAACAGAAUUGUCUGAUCAUGGUGAUCUUAGUACUGACCAGAGAUGUAACCUUAUGAAACCAUAACCACAUAUGAAGCUAAAACCCUCCUGUAAACAAAACACUCUCAUUAUCAUGAAGGAAUUUUUCUCUUGAUUUAAUUUUAGUCCUUUAAUCUCUUUUAAAGCCACAUGACAGCACCUUUUUUUGGUCUUGACUAAACGGAAACAUUUGUUGAUUUGUUGCUUUUUGGCUUUAAUAAUCCUCCUGAUACAUUUAAAAAUAUAUAGUUUCUAAUAAUCUUUCAAAAUCCAGAUGUACAUGACCAUCAUUUGGAUGCAAAAGAGCUACCAGUCAGUUAAAACUGGCACAAAGCAUCGACAGGCCAGUGUCCUUCAGAUGGUAGCGCCCUCUGCUGGAUGCAUGUUGCAUUUUUCUUGUAGCUCAUAAGUCACUAGUUCGUAGGAUAUCAGUACUUAAGACUGCCCACAUAUUUGAUAUUUUGUUUACACACACACACAUAUAUAUAUAUAUAUAUAUAUAUAUAUAUCUCCAUGAUUGAGUCAUGUUAGGUUGUUGCUGCUAAGAACAAAAAUCCACUUGGAUUUUCUUCCACAAAAUCGUCUUCACACUAACAGGCGGCGCCGUACUGAUACUCUAAAAAAUGAGGUAUGCUUAGAUGAAACAUGUACAACACUACUAUUAGCACCACUUCUCUUAAUAGUUCUAAGUUUUCUAAUUAUUAACAUUUUAUUUAGAACUCGUUUCAUGACAUAAUUCUUCAAAGAUUAGAGUUCACAUGAGCUAUUUGUCCAACGUAUAAAACCAUAAGCUUCCAUAAUUGCUUUGAUUAAGCUUUAUUAAAAAUAUUCCCAGACAAAAGACUCAAUGAUUGGGCUUUUAGCUCUUAUAACCCUUUGAGACCGGAGAUGUUAAAUAAUCCUUAAAUAAACUUUAACAAACCAUUACUUUUGAACGUAAUUCCAGCAUGUUCUGAAGCAACAUCAAUUACAUUGAUCGUGUUAACGGCCUAUUUGUAAUUUCUGCUACAAAUGUUUAAAAAAGAGAAAACACUAAAAGCUUCAUUGAAGUGCAGUAAAGCAGAGUUUUAUUUUGAAGUGCCUUCUGUUUUUGGGAAUCAGUGCAUGAGGAAGACUUCUGCAGUGGCUGUUUAUGCCAUCACUGCACCACUACUAACUAAGACGUGUUCUGUCAGUACUGUUGACGGGACUUUUACUCAAGCAGGUGCUGUAAAACUCAGCAGAUACCUCACCCCCAUCCUCCCCUCCCAGCGAUAAGCUCGUCCCUGCAGGUUCCUCCACAGCUAUUUCAAUGUGAAACUGUUUUGAGUUUUCAAAAAAAAAAAAACGACGGACUGUGAUGAGUCUUUAGAAAGAAAAAAGGGAACUCCGCCUUUAGUUGGAAAACUUAUGGGGAGGUUUGUUUCUAAAACGUAACUCCUGUGUUAGUUUGAGUUUUCAUCCUAAAUCAACAAAAUCGUCCUCCGGGUGGAGUAUAAAUCUUCUGCGUUGUAGCCAAAAUGUCAAAACUUUUGUUUCUGUGUGACUGAGCGGCAGCAGAGCUGACCCCAGUGUUUAUGCUUUAAGCUUGAUUUUCCUUGAGUCUUUCUUACGACACCAAAAUGAAUCGUAUUAUUUUCAAUCUGCUAAGCAGAAGAAGCCGUUCUGGAACGAAUCUAUAGAUUUAUUAGACCAUUUGCUGUUUGAGAUUAUUUCAGGACUGAAGGUGAAGCCGCUCCCUUCAAUGUCCUCGUGUUUAUGCGUCUGAAGUUGCUGUCAGAUCAUCUUCCUGCCUUUAUGAUUGUUAAUAUGUUAAGGCUAAAGUAGUGGGUCAGGGUGCACAAGUUCAGGGUCACCUAGACACACUGCAGUGUUACACAUUUCAAAAGACAUUAAAUAAGCAGUAUUUGGUAUAAGCUGAACUCAACAGCUGAAGCCUCUGUUCCUGUGUUUCUAUGAUCUGUUGGAAUAAAAACACAGGGCAGUUUAGGGUUUAGUUUUUCUUUUUUUUUUUUUUAAACAUCUGCCUUUUAUUCCUCUGUUGCCUUGUUUGGAAAGCUGCUGCUUGUGUUGCAUUUCAGCUCCGAUGGUCAAUCCCGCUUCCCUCAGCUGAAAAACUGAGCAGCAAAGAUAAAAACCGAGGUUCUGAAGAGUUUAAACUCCAAAGGCUCCAUGAAUGUGAUUUGUAAUGUGCUGUCUGAGGAGAGUUAAAGCCAAGGGGAUCUGAUUCAUCCGGGAUAAAGACAAGACAGUACAGAAAUGUUGCUUCUUCUUUUUUUUUAGGUGGGAAAAAUAAAGGUUUCCUGGUCUGUACAUUAAGAGACUGGAAAAGGUGAACACUUUUAAUCAGUUUAAAGGUGUGGUCGUCAUUUCAUUCUGGCAAUAAGCUCUUUAGUAAAUCUCUGUAAAAUGGAAAAUGUCAAACUUCAGCUGGAUGUAUGUUUUAUCUUUUUUUGGUCAUUGUUUUUAUAUUUCAAGAUUUAGUGCCUUUUUUGGACAGUAGACUGUUGUGUAAUCGCUAUGUAGAGAAUCUACAUACGCCUUGUUACUUUUUCAUCUGUUGGAUAAACCUUAAUUUGUUAUUUUUAAGGUGUGUUUUUAUUGAUAUUCUAUUUACAAGGGAAUAAAACUGAUCUAACAAUA